UAGAUAUUUCUCCAAUUGUAACCACAUAAUAACUCAAAAAGUCCUAUAUAACCCCCACCAAGGUACAAUCCUCAAAACACAACACAAAAAAACUUCCAAGUCUCAUUACAAUACAAUUUGUUUGUGUGUGUGUCUUAAAAUACAUGGCUUGGUUUGGCGCCAACAAAACCAAAGCUUAUCAAACCUAUCCCGAACCGGGCUACGGUGGGAUUGGUUAUCCGGACUACGACAUAGUCGGCUUCUCCGCAACCCAAAACUCGCAGAGCUAUGUGGCCACAACCGAACAAGUUGUUGAGUUUAAGCGCUUUCCUUCGUUUGGAGAUCAUCCCAAACAUAGCCCAACAAGAAAAGACUUGUACCACGAAACAUGGGAUAAGCCCAUGACAGGUCCGUAUGGGCCGGCCCGUGAUAAGCCUGAGAAAGCCCGUGAUUUCUCUCCCAAGUUCGGCAAUAAUCCAAUGAUCCACCAACAAAACAAGGGUUCACCAAAGAAUACACAUGAUCACUAUGGUAAGUAUAACAACUUUAGUGACGAUGAUGAUGAUUAUGAUGAUGAUUAUGAUGGUAUAACGAAGAACAACAACAAUGACUAUAAUGCCCCUCCUCCUUCUUACACCCGAUACCAUGAAACACCAAACCCUAGUUACAGUAGCUAUUCGCCACCUUCUUCCUACACCGUUCCUCUCAAUACACCACCACCACCACCACCACCACCACCAACAACAAAAGAUCAUAACACAUAUAACUAUGAAAAGUCCAACAACUACGAUAGGCUCUUUUUGAACAAUCCACCACCACCAGUCAAAACGAGAACUGACACGGGCCGGGCCCGCGAGUUCGCUACUGAAAGCCCGAAAAACUCCCCAGUCUCAUCGGCCAAGGCAAAGCAGACACAAUUCAUGGUGGCGUCGCCGAAGAAGUAUGAUAUCCAUCAGGGCUAUCAGGAAACCAUCGACAGCGCAGAGGCCCGGAGGAGAUACGGGAGGGGGCCUCAACGGGCCGGGUCCCGUUUGGAGGAGAAGUACAUUGUGACCAUUGACAGCAGAGAGGCUGCUAGAAAGUACAAUGGUGUCUUUGUGCCUAAUUGAUGAGAAAAUGAAACUAACUAAAUUAAUUAUGAACUAAUUACGUACCCCCAUGCAUGCAUAAUAUUAAUUAAUAUCGACUAUAUGUGUGUCUAUGUUAUUUCUUGAUGUUUGAAGCUUGUUGUAAGAAGGUUGUUGUACUGAAGUAAGUUACAUAAACAGCUUGAGACAAGUGAUGUCAAGAAUGUAUCCUUAUUUAUAUUACAAAAAAAAAUGUCUAUAUAUGAGAAAUAUGAGUGCUUUAUUUUUCCUU